UUUAGAGAGGCGAAACGCGACAGGCCAGGAGGAGCGAGUUGCAUGUCCACAGAUGUAUUUAUUAUUGUUUAUUUAUACAGAUGGAAACAGGCGGAUGGCAACGAGAGUAUAAUUACCUGACUGUAUGAAUACUUGUUGAACACAGCGAAUAUGAAUAUUUUACCCAAAAAGAGGUGGCAUGUCCGCACGAAGGAAAAUAUUGCAAGAGUGCGGCGUGAUGAGGCACAGGCUGCAGAGGAGGAGAAACAGAGGGUUUAUAGAGCCAAGUUAGCGGAGAAAGAAGCUCGCACAGCCAUUCUGAGAGCCAAAGCCCGAGAAGAUUAUGAUGGAGGUUACAGCAGCCAAGACACACCUGAGCCACAGAAGAAGAGCGAGGGGAGUGCGGACAUCUACACAGCAGAUGGAAACAUCAACUUCUUUAAAGAUCUGGAGGAGGGCAAGAAGACCCAAGGGACAAACAAGGAGUACGAGGAGGAGAAGAAAGCAGAGCAGGAGAAGUACGAGAAGAGUAUCGGAUACUUGACAUACUUGGGUCAAGAUUCAGUGGAGGCCAAUGGGGGCAAGGCCUGGUACGAAGGCAGUGGUGGAAGGGCCGCCUACAGAGACAAGGAUGGUGAGGAUGUGCAGGAGGUUGGACUCAAGAGCAAGAGCAAGCUGGAUCCAAUGAAUGAUAUACGGAAGUACAUGGGUUUCAAGCCUUCUGCAAAGGCCUCUGCCCCUCCAGCAAACAUAGCUGUUUCUGUCAAGCCGGAGAAGAAGGAAGAAAUUUGUCUUAAAAGAAGUGAGAGUAUGUCAAGGGAAAAAGAUGACAGACUCAGGAGAAAAGAAAGCAAGAAAAGAAAGAAACAUAAAAAGGAAAAGCAUAGCAGAAAGAAAAAGAGGAAAACUUAUAGUGAUGAUACUGAUGAUGACUCAGACAGAGAAAGGAAAAGUUACAAAGAAAAAUCAUUGAAAGGUAGAAAGAGAAAGAGAGAUAGUAGUAGUGACGAUAGUAUAGAUAGCUACCGAGAUAGGAAGCGAAAGAAACAUGGAAAGAGUUCAAGAAGACCCAAGAAUGACAACAAACACAGGAAGAGACACCAAAGAUCUAGCAGUAGUGACUCAACCACUGGUACAUCAAGUUCUGAACCAGAGAGCAGUGAGGAUGAAGAGGCACGCAAAGAGAAAGAGAAGAAGUUGGAGGUUCUUAGAGCAGAGAGACUCAAGAGGGAAGCUGAAGAGAGAAAGAGAGCAGAGAGGCUACUUGCCGGUUUGAACCCCAACGAAAAGGACACUGUGAGUGAGGACAAGCCGGCCGUUAAACAGAAAUACCACUCUCAGUUUAACCCCCACUUGGCUAAGCAAAAUAUGGAGCCAAAACCAUUGCAGUCUGGAGUCAAAUACUGGCUUCAGUAGUUGGGCAAUGUUAUUUUAUGAUUAAACUUUAAAUCUUGA